AUGGUAACUGCUAAAAUAUUACAAUUCUCAGUGCGCUGCAGAAUGUUAAGCUUAGUAGUAGGAUUACUUGCAAUACAAUGUAUACCACAAAUAUCCUACAGUCUGAAGUUUAAUGCCGAUUUGGAUCGCAUUCUUAAAAUCCUACAAAAACAAAAGAAUGUUGAAACAAUCAACCACAGUGACGAAGAUUUACAUACCCACAAUGAUCACGAUCACACACAUAACAGACAUCACAAACAUUUAUUCCAUGAUGAUAGAGGAAAUUCUAUCUCGACCGAUACUAGUGAAAUUAAACAUCCAGGACUAAAUAAAAUAGAUAAAUUACUACAACUAAAACAAAGUAAACCAUACGAAGUUGAUUCUAAAAAUCUUCAAGACUAUUCAAAAGUAUAUUUGGUUCUGGACCCGCAAGCUAAAAUUAACGCAGCAGAUGUGAAACGGAUAGGUGAAAUGGUGUCAUCUUUAAUAUCAAGUCAGGAUAAGCUAGAAACAAAGCCUCCACGGAAAAAGCUGGCUCGUUACAAAGGGUUUGUUUUAAUGGAUGACUUUCUUGCAAGAAGACGGAAUAGGGAUUCCAAUGAAAAAUUUUCAAAGGAUUCAAUUGAACAUGAUUACAAGCCAAAAAGGGCGAGAAGUGAUUACGCGGGUGGUGGAAGAACCGCUAUACCAUAUAUAGGUCACCGUGGUGACAUCUAUGAAAAGGAGUGA